AUGGCGCCCCAGCAUCACUACACCCUGGCGGAUCAAGGAGAAUCGGAAGUAGCGCUAGUAUCGGAGAGCAAUACAAACUCAACUGGGAAUGCACACGCAGAGGCUACUGUACCCCAAAAUGAAAAAGGAUUUUCCGAUGAACCUCCAGCAACCCCUUCGUCGGUCGCAUCCACGCUCGAACAGGGCACUACCAGCACGUCCCACUGGACCAUUGGGUGGAUGACUCCGAGCUCCAUCAUUACUUGCUUUCUCUUAGCGGCCUCUGUGGCAUCCAUGCAUCUCGGUCUCUUUCAUUGGCUGGACCAACGUGAAGUCGAAAAGACCAUCAAGCAGCCAUACGUGACAGCCUUAUCUGUUGUAUUCGUGAACGGCUUUCGGACCUUCCUGGCUGCCGCGUUGGGAAUGUCUUUCAUUCAGAUGCUGUGGAAGGACCUGCGCGCGCGCCCGAUGCGCAUCGGCGACAUUGACUCCUUCCUCUCGGUGCUGACGAAUCCCCUUUACCUCGGGAAUGUGCAGCUUCUAGCGUCGUUCCAUACCUUGGCCAAUCAAUCGGUUCCGACAUUUGACCCAGCCUUCAUCGGGAAUGGCACUUUUGCUGGCAUGAUGACCGAAGCACUGUGGCAGCCCAAUUCGUACGAUGUCUAUAGCGGACCUAGCUAUAAGCUUACCCGCGUCGCGAGACAGGCCAUGAUGGCGGGGCAUUACCUUCCAGCUUCAUCUCCGUGCGCUACCGAUUGCUUCUACAGUAUUAGCAUACAGGGCCCCAGUUUCGAGUGCCGCAACUACUCUUCUCCAGAUCUCUACAACUGGGUCAACCAGACCUAUCCUCAGAUGAACACGAGGGGGUAUCUUUACAUCGCAUCGCAAGACAGUGCUGCUCGCACAAACCGCUCAGAAAGUUUCUUUGACUUCGGCCUGCGCUGGAAGAGGGACAAUGAGUACGACAACCUCACCUGCCGAGCAUUCGAGGCGACCUACAAUCUGCACAUUACUUACACGGGGAGCCAACAAUACGUCACGGCGGAGGUUAACCCAAUUCGCCAGCUAAACAGCUCGUAUAUGUACGACGAUGGUGGCGUAUCUCCCCGAACUGGGACUCUGGACUCGCGGAUCAAUGCGACCACGACAGGAGACACCGGAGGCAACGUUAUCGACAUCUUUCGUCGGGCGAAUCUGGCCGCUAUCCAGGAUUCAUUGGUACUGGCACUCUCAGGAUACAUUGACAUGCUCGUCAUCCACGGCCAGCCAUCAGCCAACACCAUCAUCUCCCUGACAGACCUAUACACAGGCCCAUCAAACACACCGACCUUCAACAUUACAGGCGCUUCAAUGCAAGACCUCCUGAAGAAUAUCACAAUAUCCCUCCUGACCAUGAAUCAAACAACCACCCAGGUCACCGUUACGAACAAGCUAACGGUGAACGUAUACUCCUUCAGCCGACCGGCACGCCUGAUCGCCACGUACUUUGUGUGCCUCGGAUCGGCGUUGGCGUUCAUUCUAUUUGGUGGUCACGCACUAAUCAGCAACGGUAUUUCUGCUAGCAUGACCGGCUUGUUUCAGACAUUAUGUACUACCCGAGCCAGCGCACGACUGGACGAUCUGGCGGCUAAGGGCUGCUUGGGAGGUCGAGAGAAUGUUCCAGAUGAGUUGAGGAACUUGAAGGUCAUGUUCGGAGAAAUCCAAGGGAAGGAUGGCGUGCGCAUGGCUGGACUGGGUUCUGUGGAUGAGGUUACUCCGUUGAAGAGGGGUUCAAUAUGA